ACUCGGUAAGGUGCGUAUGUAUGACAAUCGUUCAUCUCCCCAUGACUGGCAUGAAUGGUUUAAAAACCUAAUUGUUUUAGGUAUGAAUUUACUGUGACUUCAUGCUUGAAUACAUUUUAUUUCAUCCCCCUACCCCGCCAUGUUAGCAGGCUGCAGAUCUCUCUAGUCAAUUUCAUGCUGCAGGUGCAAUUGCUUCGAGUUACUGAUAGAUCAGUGGUACUCGCCCGGCGUGUUUGAAGCAUCUAUCUCCUCUUGCUUAUUUCUUCCAUUUCCACAUAGUGCCUUUACUGCUUACCUUUACAUUUUGGUGUGCACUGUCUGAGGGUGUCUCAUCCUGCAGUCCGCCUGGCUUCGCAGUGCUUCUUAAAGAAACAUUACUUUUUUUUCUUUUUGAUCCUGUUAUGUCUAUUUGAGUGGAUUACAUUUUUAAUCAAAAGGUUAUUUGUACAUCGACGCAUUUCAUAUUAUAAUUAUUAAGAUCAUCGUUUAUCAUCGUAUAGCCAACUGUUUGAAGAGGAUCGUUGUACAAUCCGUUUAACUCUUUGAGGCUGGGGUCACGACUGACACAGGUUGGAAGAUGUUUUUUUCGAAAAUAAAUUCAUCACCGGGUGCAAGAAAACUGGACUGAAGAAUAUCAACACAUUUCUAAGUUUCUAAACCAAAGUUGGAGGUUCUGUAGCUUACAAUAAACGAGAAUGGGUUCAAGGUGGAUUUACACGAUUUUAAAGGAUUGCUUCAUAAAUAGGGAUUAAACAAGAAUGACUAAAUCCCCUUUUUGUAAAUCUUUUUCCUCGGAAGAUUGCAAAGGUGGAGCGAUCAGGGAAGGCUGAUGACGGACCUGUUAAUCCUUUCAGUGCAUCAAAAGCACCAAAAGGUCUUGGAAACGUUUGGAUGGAAAUCGGGCGAAUGUUUAGACCUGGUCAUAGUUUUAUAUGAAACUGGUGAUUAGUUGUUUUUUUACACCUGGGAUUCGUUUCUUUUAUAUUCUUAUUAUUUGUAUUUAUUUUUUUUUGUUUUGUUUUUUCCUUCUCUCUAAUGUGUGUGUUUUUUAGGUGGUGUAGUAAUGAUCGUUGUUAUUCAUUCUUGAAUUUUCUAAUCUAUCAAUCCUUUCCACUUGAAGUAUUCCUGUAUCUAAAUGGAAUUAGUUGAGAUUGAAGCCCCUUGUAAAAGGAACAGACAUGGUACAUGGGCACAGUUUGCUUCACGUUGUUGCAAGUCUCAUCAUACUUGGGUUGUCUGGGGCAACAAAGAAGGGGGCAGAAAAAGCAAACAUCCCAGGAGCAGCUCAAUGUGGCACCUGGACAAAGAAUCCCGAAGGGGGCAUUUUCACUUCACCCAACUAUCCCAACAAAUACCCUCCAGACAAAGAGUGCAUUUACAUUAUAGAAGCUGCACCCAGGCAAUGCAUAGAUCUGUUCUUUGCUGAACAAUAUUCCAUUGAGCCUUCAUGGGAAUGUAAAUUUGAUCACAUUGAGGUUCGAGAUGGACCUUUUGGCUUUUCUCCAAUUAUUGGACGCUACUGUGGCCAACAAAGUCCACCAUUUAUCAAAUCCAGUGGCCGAUAUCUUUGGAUAAAGUUUUUUGCUGAUGGAGAAUUGGAGGCGAUUGGAUUUUCCGCAACGUACAAUUUCAUACCAGACCCUGACUUCAAAGACCUUGGGGCUCUAAAACCUUUGCCAUUUUGUGAGUUUGAAAUGGGAGGACCUGAGGGUAUUGUGGAAUCUCAGCAAAUCACAAAAGAAGGGAAAGCCUUAGAAACAGAGGCGGUUGACUGUAAAUGGUAUAUCCGAGCACCACCGAGGUCCAAGAUCUAUCUGCGGUUCUUGGACUAUGAGAUGCAGAACUCUAAUGAGUGCAAGCGGAAUUUUGUGGCAGUCUAUGAUGGGAGCAGCUCUGUGGAAGACCUGAAAGCCAAGUUCUGCAGCACUGUGGCAAAUGAUGUGAUGCUGCUGACAGGGCUGGGGGUUAUCCGCAUGUGGGCUGACGAAGGCAGCCGCAACAGCCAUUUCCAGAUACUUUUCACAUCUUUCCAAGAACCUCCCUGUGAAGCCGAUGCAUUCUUUUGCCACAGUAACAUGUGCAUCAAUAACACUUUGGUUUGUAAUGGAGUUCAGAACUGUGUGUAUCCGUGGGAUGAAAACCAUUGCAAAGAAAAGAGAAAAGCUAACCUGCUGGACAACCUCACAAACACCAGCGGGACUAUAAUAGGAGUAACCUCUGGCAUUGUCAUUAUCCUUCUUGUUGUAUCUGUUAUAGUUCAAAUCAAACAGCCUCGCAAAAAAUUCAUCCAAAGGAACGAAGACUGUGACCAAACAGUGUUUCAGGAGGUGUUUGAGCCCCCACACUAUGAACUCUGCACGCUCAGAGGAACGGGGGCCUCUGCUGAUUUGAUGGACAUUGCCGAUGACUUUGAGAACUACCAUAAACUGAGACGGUCUUCGUCGAAAUGCAUUCACGACCACCACUGUGGAUCUCAGAUGUCCAGCACCAAGGGUAGCCGCAGUAACCUCAGCACUCGGGAUGCUGCUAUCUUAACUGAAAUACAGCCCCAGCCUGUAAGGCCUCUAAUCCCACCCAGUAACAGGAGGAGCAUUCUGGUGAUGAAGCACAGCUAUUCGCAGGACGCAGCGGAUGGAUGCGAUCUGGAUGAAAUCGAAGAGGUGCCCACGACAAGUCACAGGCUCUCCAGGCACGAUAAAGCAGUCCAGCGGUUCUGCCUCAUUGGGUCUCUAAGCAAACAUGAAUCUGAAUACAACACAACUAGGGUCUAAGAGACAAACUCAAGGCAGAUACAUCAGCCAACUGCGUCUUGCCAAGUAUGACAUCUAAUGGAAUUAACUCCACCCUACACGAAAGAACAGCUUUUCUCAGAAAGUUUAAAAAUGUAUUGUGACCAAGAAAAAAGCAAAACACUUUUGUGAUAUGCAUUUGAUAUGUUUUGCGAAACUUAAAGCCAACAUGUUGUGAUGCAGAUGUUUUAAAAAGCAAAUCUAUUUGUGAAAAUAUGAAGUCCAAAUUACAGUUUCUUUUACAUUUACUGGUAUGGAUAUUGCAGCUCUCUACAUUGGGUUCUGUCCAUUUUCUUCCCUUAGCUGUCUGGCUGGUUGAGGCUGACAGAUAUUUACACUUUUUAAACUUGCAAUGCUUAAUUCAAUUUCCAGCCCUAUUAAGUCUUUCCUGGUUGCCCAGAUUGAUUUAAAACUGAUGUUUCCAUCACUGAUGGUGGUAAUUUGCAAAGGAUUUCUGAGUAAUGCCUGGAGUUGAACAUUGCCAUUUCAUGUCAUCUAAGGACCAAAGUGAUUUAUUUUUACUCCAUCCAAGGAAGCAUUAAUCCAAGACUUAGUGGGCUGAUUCUAAAACUCACUUUUCACUAUUCUAUAAUGUGCUACAUCUGAAUGGAUUAAAGGUUUAAAAUCUAUUUUACUACCUUGUAUUACAAUAAGCAACAUCAUCAGUGAUGCUCUUUUUUGUGUUGUUGAAUAUUUUCAUUAAAAUGAUUUUGUAACUCCAAAACGUCACUGAUUUGUUACUGAUUUGUGCAACUCCACUCCUUGGAAUCUGGUUCAUCUGGUAUUGGUCUCCCUUUCCUCUCUGGUAUCUCCUCUUAAAGUUACUGUAGCUAACAAAAUAAUUCCAUAAAUUGUACUUGUUGUGCACUUUCAUUCGUUAUAUACUGUAUGUGUCAAAUGUGCAGUUUUGAAAGAAACACGUGUUACAGUAAACAUGUUUUUUUUUUUUUUUUUUUUUUUAAACAUUAGAUAUGGUACUACACUUGGUUUAAGACAUUUCUGUUUGCAAGCCAAACUUUAAGUUAGUGUUGCACUUCCUUGAUCAUUUCACCUGAAGGGUGAAAUUGUCUCUGCCCCUUCAAUUACUUAUUUCCUGUCAUAAACCAACCAGCUGCUUCUGAGGUGUAAUGUAGGAAGUGACCUUAAAAAAGCACAGAAACUGAAAACUUCCAUUAACCUAAAGUAGUACCAGAUACCAUUUUUGGUACAACAUGUAUUUCUUUAAAAACUGCAGAUUUUAGACCAUUGUACAGUAGCUAAUGGAAGUAUACAACAGGUUAGAUUCAUAUCAUUAUUUUGUUAGCUACAAUAGUGAACUGUUAUGACAAUGUAUUUUUUAAUUAAAGCUACACAAUUACAGUGCUUCUUCAUUUCACAAUCUGACUUACACAUAACAAAAUCUUAUAAUAUACCUGUGAAUCAAGAAUAGAGAUGGGCUGUUUAGUGUGGCUCUGUAAAUUACAUGAAUAAAUAGAGAAGUGUAAAUUGCACUAAAAAGGAUACAUCAUCCAAUAAAAUACUUUAAGGGUGCAGUGUGGUCCAGUGGUUAAAGUCCAGGGCUUGUAACUAGAAGGUCACCGGUUCAAAUCCCACAUCUGCCACUGACUGACUCACUGUGUGACCCUGAGCAAGUCAUUUAACCUCCUUGUGCUCCAUCCUGCGGAUGAGAUGUUAAAUCAAUGUCCUAUUGUAAGUGACUCUGCAUAUAAUGCACAGUUCACAGUCUACCUCUCUAAAGUGCUUUGUGAUGGUGGUCCACUAUGAAAGGUGCUAUAUAAAGAUAUUAUUAUUACACACCUGACAUUAUAUUGGAGUUGCAGAUGCUUUUGUUACUGUUACUAUAUUUACCACCUGUAUUAUUCUAUGUGUUUAUUUCAUGAUAUUAAUUUAGUGUUGGAGUAAAUUACAUAUAUAAAAAAAAGAUUUUCACAUUUAUAAACCAUUUGUUACAUGGCACUGGAUCAGGCUUAAUUUGGAUGAGAUGUUUGACAGGUGAGAUUGUGUCACCACUGCCCCUGAAUUUACUGGCUUAAUUUAUCUACAGUUCCAACAGCUGUU